GUGAAAAUCACACCCAGCAUUUGCGUAUUCAUUACUCGAAGAGCAGUAAUACUGCCACAUGUUCAACGAAUCAAAACCCAUUCGCAUCAGCUUCCUGGGUCCUGCCUUGGUCUCAAUUCAAAUCCGAACCCCAUUCACACACCCUAUCGGUUCUAAUAUUUUCAACAUCAAUUAAGGUCCCUAACUGUUUUUGUUUUUAAUCUUUUUGUUCGGUAAACUGACCUGCAGCUGCCGUGUGUGGACUUCCCUUCGGACCAGAGAGUCUUUCUUCCCAGUUUUUACGCAGCAAGUUCUUCCUGAGGCUCAAUGCGUUAAGACUUGAGAUUAUCCUGUCAGAUUCUUAGAAAAAGGGGAAUCGGUUGGGCUUAGACUCUGAAGGUUUUUGCGAUCAGAUUAUCUAUCACGUAGUGGAGACCAAUCCGUUGCAAUGAAGUGUUUACCUUUCCACUAUGGAGAGAAGAAGGAAGAACCGAUGAGCAUGAAGUCAGCUUCGGGUCGGUCCAACAGUUCCACAAAUGCUGAAGAUGAUAUGAGAAGAUCUGGUUCUGAAUUGAAUUCUAAGGAUCCUUUAGAAAACAGUACAGAGUCCCUUGGGAGGACUGCAUUACCCAGUUUGUCUCAAAGACCCAGCAACCUGAAAGUCUUCACUGUUCCUGAACUAAAAUCAGCCACGAAGAAUUUCAGUCGCACUGCUAUGCUUGGAGAGGGAGGGUUUGGAUGUGUAUACAAGGGAUUGAUCAAGAGUGGAGAGGAUCCUAACAGAAAAAUUGAAGUUGCAGUUAAACAACUUGGUAAAAGAGGAGUGCAGGGGCAUAAGGAAUGGGUGACAGAAGUUAAUGUUCUGGGCAUUGUUGAGCAUCCCAAUCUGGUAAAACUAGUGGGUUACUGUGCAGAUGAUGAUGAAAGAGGAAUCCAGCGGCUUCUGAUUUAUGAAUAUAUGCCCAACAGAAGUGUGGAACACCACUUAUCACCCCGUUCAGAGAAUCCUCUCUCAUGGAGUAGAAGAUUGAAAAUAGCUGAAGAUGCAGCUCGUGGCUUAACAUACCUGCACGAGGAAAUGGAUUUUCAGAUAAUCUUCAGAGACUUCAAAUCUUCAAACAUCCUCCUGGAUGAGCAUUGGAAUGCAAAGCUAUCAGACUUUGGGUUAGCUAGAUUGGGACCACCUGAAGGAUUAACUCAUGUCUCGACAGCGGUUGUGGGAACAAUGGGAUACGCGGCUCCUGAAUAUGUUCAAACUGGCCGUCUGACAUCUAAGAGUGAUGUAUGGAGCUAUGGUGUCUUCCUUUAUGAACUCAUCACUGGCCGGCGCCCUUUUGAUCGAAAUCGUCCGAAGAGUGAGCAGAAGCUCUUGGAAUGGGUGAGGCCAUACUUGUCAGAUGGGAAGAAAUUUCAACUAAUAUUGGAUCCAAGGCUUGAAAGGAAACACGUUUUUAAGUCAGCUCAAAGACUUGCUAUUGUAGCUAACCGAUGCUUAGUCAAAAACCCAAAGAGUCGCCCUAAGAUGAGUGAGGUAUUGGAUAUGGUGAAUCAGAUUGCACAAUCUUCAUUGAGUGCAAGUCCAGAGCUACCCUUGAAGAAUUUUGCAUCAACGCAAGAGUCGCAAGAAACGAAAUUAAAGAACAAGAGAAGGACUAUGGACCUUAAACCUGGAGAAACUAAUUGUUUUUUUAGGAUAUGGAGACGAAAGCAGCAAGGAGCCAUUUGAUUAUUUUAGGACUUGGCCGAUCAAGUUUGUUAUUGAAGGCAAAGCAGCUGUUGCUUCAUGACAGGAAUCAUUAAUCAUUGCCCGUGACACGAUGAAGAAUACUUGUAUAUUUCCUAGCUACGUCACUUCACACAGGUGAGAAGCAGUGUUCAUCGCUUUAUAUAUAUAUAUAUAUAUAUAUAUUAAUAAAGCCGUCGUCCUAUGCUUUAUUAGUCUUUUAAUUUUACCUGUCAAGUUUUUUUGAGGAAAUGCAAAGGGAUGCUAUUUAAGUAGACAUAGGAAUAACUUGGAGAAUUUCCAGGGCAGACGUGUCUGGCCAACAAAAAAAGGCAGACAUGCCGGUGGACAUUGGCAGGGCUGGGAAAAUGGGCCACACCCAGCGAGUUGGCCUAUACAACGCUCGAAAAUGUAGGGUUGCAAAAAUGAGGUCAUUUUAAAUGGGUCAACACUAACCUUGUCCAUGGGUUAGCCUUUUGCUUUUUUUUUUAAAAAAUGUGUGAAAUAGAUCAGGUGGAAUUAUGAAGUAAUCUAUGUAUAUUUUUGUAAUUUUAGCUCCCUUCUUUAUUUUCCAAGAAGUUUACCGGGAUAAUUUCAGAAGAGAUACAUUUUACUCCUAUAGUCAUGUUCCUAGAUGA